CAUGUAUUCUAUGCAGAGUUUAUGGAGGGAUGCAAAGCAAACUUUAAAAUGCAGAUAUUUUCAUUUUGUCUUUUGCUAUUGUCUUCUGGCAUUAGUUUUACUUUAAACAGUGAUCAAAUUGCAGUUUCCAUUGAUACAGCGGAAUUUGGUUUGGAAGCCAUUAAAAAUGUUAUUGAUGAUCAACUUAAAGAAAUCAAGGAAAUUAAAAAAGCCACCGGAACGCUUACAGAUCAAAACCUACUGAAGCAGCAGUUUAAGCUUAUCAAUGCCGCAUCUGCCAUUAAAACAGCACUAGCCAUUGUACAGACAGCCAGUGUGAUUGCUUCAUUCCUAACAGCGUUUUUAGUGCCUAGUGAACUCGAGGUAGUGUCUGAACUGAUCAAUAAACGCUUUAAUGAAGUUAAUCGCAAGCUGGAUCUUAUCUACAGUAAAAUGGAUAAUAUAGAAGAUCAUCUGAAGUCUGAAAUUAAAUAUCAUACGUUCCUUACUAAUUAUAUUGCCUGGGAAUCGAGCAUUAAGAAUGGAGCAGAAAAGCUGAAACUUAUCCUAGAAACAGUUGGUGAUACAAAAGACCCCAAACAAAAGGUGAAACUUGCUGAAGAGUUUAUAACUUACCUUCAGCCACUGGAUGUUGAAGGAAAGAUUCACACUCUCCACAGGAUUACUACACAGGAAGAUACCGACUUAACUCCAAACAUCUUCACACGUUACAUUGAUGCCAAUGGUUGUGAUAUUCAAGAGUUAUCAGGGAUCAUGUUUACACUGAAAAUGCUUAUGAUAAGUGCUGCCCGCCAAACAGUGACCUAUUACCAUUUUAAAGGACUUCCUGACCAGGCAGGGCAAAUACUUUCCAAAGUACAGAAGUACAUGGCAGAAAUUAGGACGUUCUUCAGACAAUCUAUAUAUGACUGCAUGAUGAAAACAGCUGAGAAUGCCCAAAGGGACACCAGUGAAAUCCUCAGUAAGGCCUCUAGCUCCUCCUCCAAUAUAAUCGAUGUAUUAUAUAAGAAGUUAUCCAGUCGCUAUCCAUGGUAUGGCUGGGCAGUUGCAAAAACAUCUGACAUAGGUGCAAAGACCCGUAUUAGCAUACUGGAAGAGAGGGGCACAGACUUCUUUAAAUUUCCAGAGUACGCAGACCAAAAUAAAGGCAUCAUUGUAGCGUGGCAAGAUGUUAUCACUGACCAUGUGACUUGUACAGAUAUUGCUAGAGUCAAAGCCUUUGUCAGCUAUCUGUCCCAUGAUGAUUACCAUGUUGUUUCCUCUUAUACUAUCCCAGUUAAACAAAAAUGCCCUCGUUCCAUAAUGAUAGAGCAUUUAACUGCAAAUGACAGGAGAAAGAUAUUAGAAGAUAGCCCUGCUUCCCACUGCACUAGUGCACAUGGGUCUAACACUAACUGCAUUUCAGCUCACAUCCAGUCACAGCUUGCUCGCUGGAACUGGAUUGCGAUUCCAGAAGUAACAGUGGCAAAUCCUUGUAGCAGAUCUGAAAUUUGCAAUGAGCAUGGGACUUGCAAGUUUCUCACUGGAACAAAUUAUGUGUGCAUUUGUGAAGAUGAAUAUGAUGGAAAAAACUGUGAAGAAAAAAUACAGCUAAAUGAUGAAUUUGUAAAGUACCUUGCUGUCCUGCGCAAGAUGUUUCAGAUUGCAACGGGUGUUCCAACAGUAGUGGAUGUUUUCUUUGAAGUUCGAAAUAUGGGGAAUAAUAUAGAGACUAUUCUUAACAGUGUCAAAGAUCAGCUUUUCUAUACACAGAAUUUAGUAAAACAUAGUGAAAUUCUUUAUCAAGUAAGUUAUGUCGCAGGACUUUAUAAAGAUUUGAUGUCUGGAAACAUAACAAUGGAUUCUUUUGGACAACAGAUGGAAGCUUUUAUGAAAGAAAAAUCAGGGGGGUACUUACUAGCCCGUCUAAAAGGACUCCUCCUCGGUGAUGGUAUAGCCGAUGUGAAAGGGAAAGACUUUUUUAACACUUUCAAAAGUAACUAUCUUGCCCAGUAUAACAAUGCAUGCUCCUACAAGUAUUCCACAGAUAUUACAGUAUUACUGAAAUCUCUAGCGUCCCUCGAUCAAGCCUUUGUUGAAGCUCUUUUAGUGCACAAGCAAUGGAAAAUUCAAAACAAUCUAAAACUUGAUAGUGAAAGCUUAGAUGAUUUUCUUCGACUUAACCAAGGAAGACAAGGUGAAUACCAAGCUUACUGGAUAAAAACAAGCUGCUCGCAGUUAAAGGUGACAGAUCUAAACCAAAAUUUCUGUGAUGAUAAGCUGAGUUAUGAAGGCAUGGUAGUUCCUUUAAGCUGUUCUUCAAACAAAACACCCUCUGUUGCUUCUGUUCAGUGCAUUCAAGGACCAUCAGGGGUGCAAUGGAGUGCAGUUCCCCAGUGUAACUACUAUUGGCUGGCCUGGGGUAGCUGGAGUGAAUGUUCAGUUUCAUGUGGAGAAGGAACCCAGUAUAGAACCAGGGAUUGCUCUGGUCCUACCACACAACUUUGCGGUAGUGACUGGAAAGAAGUACGACCGUGCAGCAAAGAGAAAUGUUGCCAACAAAAAUUUGGCAAAUUUGAAUGCAGAAGUGGAAAAUGCAUUCUAACUUCAGAUUUGUGUGAUGGGGUCUAUGACUGCCCAAACAAUGAAGAUGAAUCUGAAGCUUACUGUCCUGACUAUAUACGUUCCGGAAAGGUCAUAGCUUUGAAAAAUGAAUGUGGCUCAGACAGUUGGCUGAGCUGUGACACAGGAGAUGACUGCAGGCGAAGGACAUGUCCUGGGGGCUCAAUGGAUACUUCUGAGUGGGAUAACUGUGGAAAAGAGACAUUUACUAUUUAUGCACUAGGGAGGCAACCAGGGGACCCCAUCCAUUUUGGUGAUACUGUGGGACUGAAAUUUAGAGGCAAACACUGGCUGAGCUGCUGGGUUAGUGGCAGCCGAUGUGAAACAAGAAGCUGUCCUGGAGAUCAAAUGCGUGAAGAAUGUCGUGGUGAGUUGUUCUGGAUUUAUUCAAAGGCUCGAACUGGUUCAUGCUCUUCUGAUGUUCGCCAGUCUUGUAGAGGAAAGCCUAUUAGAAAUCUUGACACUGUGUUUCUUCUUUAUUCUACUCCUGCAGAAAACAAAGCAUACUGGGUCAGUCAUGAUGACGGAUGGAUUACUACUAGAACCUGUCCUGGACGGUACAUAGAGCACUGCAGGUGUGAAGCAUGGCAGAUAUUUCAGAAAUGGUAGAAAAUAUGAAGAAAUGUACAGCAAUUCAAUUGACUGUUUUAGUUCCUCCAGGUCACAUCUGAAUGUCGAUACUUAUGUCUAAUGGACUUACCCAGUUUACAAAUAUACAAAAUUAAAAAAAAUGUAUACAUCUGCUAAUUUGUACUGCAAAUAUUAUAUUCUUUAUGUGCAUUGUUUAUUUCUUUUGUUAGUGUUAAAUGUUAUUGCACAUACAGUUCCAGUCAUAAUACCUCACAUAAAAUAACAGGUCACUGAAUGCCACUUACUAGAAAUUAUUUUAUUGAAGAACACAUCUGGUGCACAUUAUGAGUAAUAUCAUUUUGACAAAGACUAACAUUUAAAUAAAUUUACAGUUGAAACAGAA